AGGUUAGUGGGUCUCAACCAAAGUUCCUUUCUCUGACUUCUGGGCUCAUGGCAGGAGGGAACCAGAGCGGUGUCUUUGAGUUCCUCCUCUGGGGACUCUCUGAGCAGCCAGAGCAGCAGCACAGGCUCUUCCUGCUCUUCUUGUGGAUGUACUUGGUCACGGUGGCUGGGAACCUACUCAUUAUCCUGGCCAUUGGCACUGACUCGCGUCUUCACACACCCAUGUACUUCUUCCUCGCCAACCUGUCUUGUGCAGACAUCCUUUUCAUCUCCACCACUGUCCCCAAGGCCCUGGUGAACAUCCAGACCCAGAACAGGUCCAUUUCUUAUGUAGAAUGCCUGACUCAGCUCUACUUUUUCUUGACAUUUGGGGACAUGGACAUAUUUCUCCUGGCUACAAUGGCCUAUGACCGCUAUGUGGCCAUCUGCCACCCUCUCCACUACGCCAUGGUCAUGAGCCGCCGGUGCUGCAUCAUCCUGCUCACUGCCUGCUGGACCCUUACGAGUCUUGUUGCCAUGACGCACACCUUCCUCAUAUUCCGACUUUCCUUCUGCUCUAAGAAGAUCAUUCCCGACUUCUUCUGUGAUCUGGGACCCCUGAUGAAGGUGUCUUGCUUUGACACUCAGGUCAAUGAGCGUGUGCUCCUCUUCUUGGGGGGAGCAGUCAUUUUAAUCCCCUUCGGGCUCAUUCUGAUCUCUUAUAUCCGCAUUGUUUCAGCCAUCCUCAGGGUCCCCUCUGCCCAAGGAAGGUACAAGACCUUCUCUACCUGUGGAGCCCACCUUGCUGUUGUUGCCUUGUUCUUUGGGACUGUGAUCAGGGCUUAUCUGUGGCCCUCAUCUUCUUCCUCUGAUUCAAUAGCAGAGGAUACAGCAGCUGCCGUCAUGUACACAGUGGUGACUCCUCUGCUAAACCCCUUCAUUUACAGCCUGCGGAACAAGGACAUGCAGGGAGCCCUGGGGAGACUUCUCAGGGGCAAAGUCUCCUUCUCCUGUGGUCAGUGA